GUGACCCAGCAGGCAAUGAACUAUGCCAUCCGGACUGGUAUUAGUCUUACGGGUGGAUAUGCAAUCAAGCAAUGUACCCAGUUGGUGAUGGUAAGACGCGAGGAGCGUGACGAGAUCAAAACCUUGCAGACACGGCUUGAGAGCAAGAUCAGGAUUAUUGCUCCUGCCAUUGACAUGAUCGAGCUCAUCGCAGCCCGCGGCAACACGUCCCUGGAGUCCGCAGUAGGGCUAACGAACCAACUUCGGUGGGACAUUCAAAAGCUGGGAACACGACUUGGGAAAGCCGUGGGAGAGCAGGAGCUAGCGCGAAAAGGCGGUGCCAGUGCUAGGUCUCGAGAGCAGAAUGCGCUCGAGCUCAAACUAAUUGCCUCCGAUAUCAAGAAGCUGCUCGAGCGGAUCGAAGAUGCGCUCCCUCUCAUCAAUCUGGCCAUCACAACCUCUGGAGCCAGCAUGUCGACAACUCUCCCGCAGACUGUAUCUCCGUCUCGGCUCCUCCAAGCUAGCACGUUUCUCACGGACGGUGAUAGACAAUACAUGUCAACCCCGUCCCGUACCCAGCAGAUUGGUCCAACAUUCACCCUGUCCAUGUAUAUGCUCUUCGCUGGCCAUUCACGGAGGCCCCAAGACGAACAAAGCAUUCGAGAAACCACCUGGAAAGAGGUCAUUCACAAGACGCGCAUGAAGCUUUUGCGUGUUCCCCUAGAUAUGUUGGAAGGUCUUGCCCCUUUGAACGGAGCUCCGCGUAAUGGAUGGUUUCCCGAUCAAAUUCCUUCCGAGGGCAAGACCCACGAGUUUGCGUACCAGUUCCAGAUUAUCGAAGAUUUGGACGACGACAGAAUGCAUAGCAUUGAAGAGGGUGAGCCGCAACCAGGUCCCUAUGAUGACGUGGAGAGCGCAGGAAUCCGCGAGAUAAUACCUAUUCAUCAGAUUUCUAAGAUAUUCUACGCGGAUACUGGCAAGAUUCUCAACAUCGGCACUGAAGGCGAGACCAAUAAUCCGAUCCUACUUGUUAAGCGCGAUAUCAACGCACAGCCUCCACGCCGUAUGAUGCGUCGUCGGGAAGAAGAAUGGGAUGAAGGCGAGUCACCCAUUGAUCCCAAUGACGAGCAAUUAGAACUCGACGCCCAACUCCGACGUGAGUCUUCCGUCAAUCUCUCAGAAGAGCCUCUUGAGGCGCCUAAGCAGCCCCAUAACCCGUGGCGACUGCCUCCUGGUCUGGAUCCGGAAUGGAUGGCGUUCGAAGUCUAUACCGAAUUCCCCUUGGACUCUGAUACUGAGAGCGAACUCGAAGCCGAUACACCCUCAUCCGCCGGCUACAAGGCCUCUCCACGACCAGCAACCCCCACCGCCUCCUCUGCGGAUCCAUCUCCCCUAGCCUCCAAAUUCUCUAAUCUCAAUCUCCGCACUCCCACUCCCUCACCGGCAGGAACCCCCCAACCACCCAACACACAGCUCAUUCCCUCUCCGACCAAACACGCCACCCCACUCCCCCAACACACCCCAAAGCCUAGCCCCUUUCCGGCAAUCAAAACUUCCCUCUCCCUCCUCGAAAUGCUCAUCCGACUCACUUCCCUUCAGCAAUUCCAGCAAUCCUCCCACCUGGCCAUCCCCGACGAGCACCUUAACUUCUUCCUCGACGAGAAUGCUACCGUCGGUGCCGGUGGAGACGCAGAACUGCGGCGGCGCGUCCGCCGCGACGCUAUGAGGCGCGUAGGCUUCGAUCCGUACAACGAGAGCCCCAUAAAGCGAAGGGGCGAGGAAUAU